AUGUCAUUGGAUGAUCUCUGCAAUCGUUACGAGCGUGAUGGUUUUGUUAUUAUUCCUGAUUUAAUUGAUGGCGAUGAAUGCGAUCAACUUAAGAUUGAAGCUGAGAAAAUUUUGAAAGAAAAAGCACAUCCUGAUGCAUCUGUUUAUGUGCAUGCAUCAGUCGCAAGUCCACUCUAUACACAAUAUCAUAAGGAUCCUCGUCUCGUGGACAUUUUGAAGAAGAUCAUGCCGAAUGGUGUUAUGUUUUUAAGCGACAAGAUCGUUGUUAAAACAACUGAGAAAACAUUUGCGACACCUUGGCACAUUGAUUGCUUCUAUUGGCCUAAUACACGUCCGAAACUUUCGGUUUGGAUUCCUUUACAUGAUGUAAAUGCCGACAAUGGUACACUUACUGUAGUUCGUGGUAGUCACAAAAAGGAUUGGACAAUGAUAAACAAAGGUUUACCAAAUGGUGAAUUUCUCUAUCAAAUAGCCGACGAUGAUAUCAAUAAGGAUGAUGUAGUUACAUGCAUAGUCAAACGUGGUAGUGCAAUCUUCUUUUCCGAUAGACUUGUGCAUGGUUCAACACCGAAUCUCGCGCGUAAAGACCGUUACACAAUAAUAAGCACUUAUCAUGCACCUGCAGAUGAUGAAAAAUUUGAUCUUGAUUUUUCUGCACGUGAAGUACUUGUUCCCAAUUACCCAAAACUUAUUAACCAUCAAAUCUAG